UAAACACAGACUAUUGUUCCACCUCUAUCUUACCGAGUGGAAAGCAACAAAGUUUGGAUGAAAGAUUACAAUUGAAUUGCGAUGCAUUUACCCAAAAUUCGACUGUAGCAGCCACCCGAAACGACAGAGAGCCAACGCAGAUCACCCCGAGCCGCAGCCACAUGGAUACCAAGUCCAACGAUGACUCGGCUGGCAGUGACUCGCUGGACAAAUCUAUGCAAAUCAAGUGUGUGAUGGUGGAGACGACGACGGGAGACGGAGACUCCAAUGCGGGCGCAAUGCCCUCACCCGGGGAUCUGGACAACUGCAGCAGGGAUUCCGCUGCGGAAUCAAUGGGCAAGGGGUCGGAAUCAGUAUCGGGACCAGAGGCGGGAGCUGGGAAGCAGGCGGAUCACAAGACUGAAGCUGCGGCGGGGACGCGGGGCGAGGGCGACAGUCCGCAGAGCAGCCAAUCCCCACCAGAACAUCCGGCCAACAGCUCGCCCACAUCCUCCUGCACUGCCUUCGAGACGAAAGUCAAGCUAAUCUCACAGAACCUCAAGGAAACCACGCUGGCCGAGAGUUCCGGCGCAUCAGUAUCGGCAUCCACGUCCGCCUCCAGCAGCAGCAGUCUUCUGGAGUCGCAGACGCCCAACAAUUCCACCACAGACAUCGACUCCGCGUCGUCGGUCCGCGUGAAGAAGGUGCGCUUCCAUCCGGACGUCAAGGAAAACGACGGCGGAAACUGGGUCAAGAAAAAGCGACGCUCCACGCAGACGAAACGGGCCUCCUCGCCCAGCGGAGCCAACUGUGAUGGCAUGGAGAUGGACGGCGAGGCCGAGGAAGAGUACGAGGCCAAUGACGACGAGGAGGAGGAGCCGGAGGAGGAGUUCGACCUGGCCAAGACAAUCGCCGAAGCGGAGGACUACCUCAAGCAGCAUCCGCUGACGUUUGUGCAGCGCGUCGAGCAGAACGGUGAGCGGCUGCAGGACGGACUGCUCAGCAUCGAGGAUAUGCUAAACGAAGUCGGCGAGGAGGUGGUCACCGAGUACAACGACGAGGACUUCUUCAGACGCAUCAAGCCGGAGAACGGCAUUGAACGCAUUCUGGGCAAGGAGACCAAGGCGGGCAAGGUUGAAUUCCUCUUGCGCUAUGAGAACCAGGGUGGUCUUUUUUGGGAAUCGGAGGAGUUCAUUAAGCGUACAUGUCCCUCUCUCCUCAAGGCCUACGAAAAGAAUCGCGAACGACGUCAGCAACGUUUGAUGCACCAUGUUGCCAAACGACAGAGCCUGCGACAGCGAUACACGGAUUUCUAGUAGCGGCUACUUAGGUAUUAAGUUCUUAAUUAGGUUCCACAUAAUUGUAACGUUUUUGUAAAAUGAAGUAAAUGAUUUUCUUUUGUUGAACAAAAAUAACAAAAACA